AAAGGUGAACCAAAAUGCUUCAGCUGUAAUAAUUUUGGACACAUCUCAAGGGACUGCCCGCUGCCCAAACCAGUAGUAACAUGCCGAAAAUCAAGAUGGCGAAAAUUUAGAAGAGAGCCUGCUAUGAAUGAAUUGUACGGUUUUGGAAAUCAAAGGGUGCCUGCAGUGACCUCUAUAGGAAUGAUUAAAGCCGAUAUUGAAGUUGAUAAUGUAAAAGGCCAAGGCAUAAAUAUAUACCUUGCACCUGAUAAUGCACAGCCAGUUGAUCUAAUCAUCGGACGGACAUGGCUUGAUCUCCCUCACAUCGCUUAUGUCAGA